AUGGCGAAGGGGCAGCAGGCGGCGGAUCCUGCUCCAUGGCUCCCGGAAUCCUUUCCUUUUCUGGUCGUCGUCCUCAUCGCCGCUCACGCCUUAGCCUUGGUAACCCUCGCCUCGCCACGCUUCAUUCCUGAGAUCCCCAGAUCGCUUCCCCUCAGCUUCUGUCUGAGAACUGCGGCAGUCUUCCUAAAUCUUACGAUACCUUUGGAUCGAUUUUCUUCUUUUCAUUCUUAGGUAUACUGGAUAUACAGACUGGUUACUGAAAAGCAACCUCCGCGUAGGAAGGAGCAUUAG